AUGGCGGACAAGCCCGCGGGGGCCUCGGGAGGCGGUCUGGACGUCGACAGAUGCAUCCAGCAGCUGACGGAGUGCAAGCACCUCGCUGAGUCUGAGGUGAGGCAGCUGUGCGAGCUUGCCAAGGAAGUACUGUCCUCGGAGUCCAACGUGCAGCCGGUUCGGAGCCCGGUCACGAUCUCCGGAGACAUCCACGGCCAGGCAGCGCGGGGCCGGGCCGGACGCGCCCCCGGCAGAGGCCUGGGCAGCCGCAGCUCUCUCGGUGCAAAGGCCGCGCUGGGCGGCUCCGGCAAGAGACUGUUCCGCAUCGGCGGCUUCCCGCCGGACACGAACUACCUCUUCCUGGGGGACCCGGGCCGGGGCAAGUCCGAUCGCGAGGGCUGCCCGUGA